GUGUAAGAUGAAAAAUUUAAUCCUUUCAAUAAAAAAAGAAGCAUUGGAUUUGGUCGAACUAAAACUUCGCAUUAAAACUGAAACUCUGUGUGGCUGUUGGUUGGCGUUGGGCGUGUAGGUGGUACGAUCAGAAAUGGAGGCAGCGAUGGGAUUGAUGCGAAGGAUCCAUCCGAAGCACGCAGACACUGCCCUCUCUGCUCUUCUUAGCCUCUUGCCCGACCACUCCGCAGAUCUACUUUCUCAAGUUGAUCAGCCUCUCCAGGUUCUAUGUGAUGUGGACUGUGGAAAGGAGUUCAUUUUGUGUGAAUACAACAGAGAUGCUGACUCUUACAGGUCACCUUGGUCUAACAAAUACCACCCACUUUUGGAGGAUGGGCCACUCCCAUCCAUGGAAUUGAGGAAACUUGAAAUUGAAGCAAAUGAUGUCUUUGCAAUUUAUCGUGACCAGUAUUAUGAAGGUGGCAUUUCAUCAGUUUAUAUGUGGGAAGAUGAUAAUGAAGGUUUCGUUGCCUGCUUUUUAAUAAAGAAGGAUGGCUCAAAAUCAGGUCACGGCCGAAGGGGUUAUCUGCAAGAGGGAGCAUGGGAUGCAAUACAUGUUAUUGAGGUUGGGCCGGAGGAUGAAGGAACUGCUCAUUACUGUUUAACCAGUACCAUCAUGUUAUCGUUGACUACAAAUGAAGAGUCAUCAGGAAAAUUCAGUCUGUCAGGAUCAAUUAGAAGACAGAUGAAUAUGGAUCUUUCAGUUGCGGAGGGUCACCUUUGUAACAUGGGGAGGAUGAUAGAAGAAAUGGAGGGUAAGCUGAGAAACUCACUGGAUCAGGUUUAUUUUGGGAAGACAAAGGAGAUGGUAUGCACUCUGCGACCCCCAUCCGAGGUGGUGCAAAUGAGACUGCCCGACAGCUGAUGUGUGUGACCUUCUGACCUCGAGGGAGAAAAAGAAAAAUUAUUUAGAUCACAUCUUGAAAUUCAUGGUUGAUAGAUACUGCAUGUGGCUGCUACAAGUUUAAGUUAAAUGUAAGACGGGCAAAUUCAUUUUGGAUUUUCAGUUUGUCUCUUGAGAAUUUUGGUGAAAUGAUUACAGCUUAUGAAGAUGAGUGGUGAAGAAUCUUUUGUCAGAAUUAUUUCCUCUGCGUAGCUUCAAAUGCCAGUGUCUAGUUGAUCUCAAAAUGCAUAUUAUCAGUUCUCGUGUACGUCAAGUCCGCUUCUACUUCAUGCCAUUUUGAUUCAAUGAUCAUAAUAAACAUGCUCUCUCUC